AGAACAGAAUUUCAGGAUAGUAAUAUUUAUAGCUAUUAAAUAUUAUUUUUUGGUACGCUAAUUUAUAAGAAAUAAUAAUAGAACAAUCUAAUACCUAUUAUCAUUAUAACACAUUUUACAAAUGGGUAGGAUUCUAUAUUGGUUUAUUUUUGGAGUCAAUAAUCUACUGUAUGGGUAUUGGGUCGUCCGUCUUUUCUCAGAUAUAAAAACCGUUUAAAAUGAUAACUAAUCAUAACAACAAAUAAACUACUGAUUUACCUAAUAGGAACUAAUAAAUAUCUUUAAUGAAUAUUAAAUAAUAAUAGUAGACACUUGACAGUACUGUAUUACAGUAGUAGUGCGUUUUGAUAUAUUGAAACUUGUUUCUAUUAAUUAUACUAUAUGGUGCAUCUGUAUCGCGACAUUGAUAAAAAUUUACUUGUAAUGGAUAAAAAAUAUACAUAGUAUUGUUAAGUCUUAAAUAUGAAGAAACAAUCAAAAAAGACCUGUUUUCCAGUGGUAUCAGCCUAUUUCUAAUUCGAGUACUGUUAAAAUAUAAACCUACGCAAUGACUAUUUCCAGUAUAGAAAUGCACAAUCGUGUAAUUCGUCAUUUAGAAAAUUCUCAUAUUAAAAUAUCGCCUGAGAACGAAUGGUUUAAGCAAUGUGUGGAUUUCUUCAUGUCAGAUAACCCAAAUUGUGAUGCAAAGGAUUUAUCUUCUAUGGUAAUUGAACAAUUAAGUUUAUCUGAUUUUCAAGAAAUUGCAUUGUUUAGUUUACCAGUCAAUUUGAAUAAUUGUGACAAAAAAAUUUUAAACGGAAAAUACUGUCUCCAGGUAAAUACUAUUCUUGAUGUUGGCCAAUCGUGUUAUUCACAAUAUAAUAUAAUAGUAAAAAGAGACACUAGUAAUACUGAAAUUGGUGAUAAUAAACCAGCUCCUUGGGAACCUAAAUCUCAUAGAAUGUUAAAAAUGAUGUGUUCUGAUGGUCAACAGGAUAUAGUGGCUAUGGAAUAUGAGCCAUUGCAUUGUCUUAAAGAGCCAUUUAUCCCUGGCUUCAAAAUUGUAGUUAUUGGACCAGUCGAAUAUAGGAAAGGAGUAUUACUAUUAAAAUCUAGUAAUGUGCAUUUCAUUGGAGGCGAGGUUGAACAUUUGUUAAUAAAAAAUGCACCAUUAAACGUUUUGUGUAGAGCCCUAAACAAACCUGAAUUAGAAAAUCCAUACAUGUUUUCAAAUAUUGAAGUUGAAAAUGCUGUUACGGACAUACAGGAACCACUUGGAAUUGCACCAAGACAAAUUGAAAAUGUUUCUACAACUGGUAUACAAGAACAAGACCCUGGAAUUUCCCCAACUUAUACAAAUCAAAGUAAUGAUAACAAUCGUGUUGGAAAUGGAGUUAUUACAUAUGAUGAUUUUUUUGAUGGUGAUGAUGAUGAUUUAUUAUAUUUGACUCAAGUGGCUGAAAUUGAAACAAGACUCACUCAAUCUAAUAAUGUAAAUUCUGUACCAUUACAAACAUUUAAUACACAUCAACAAAAUACAAAAGUCAACAAAACAAAAAUAUCAGUUCCUAAAAAUAACAAAAUAAUAACAAAUAAGAAGCCACUGGUCACUGAGAAACAGACUAAAAUAUCUGAUAUGUUAGGUCCAAGUACAUCAUCGACAUCUAGUAGAAAUUCAUUUGCUGAAUCUGCUAGGCGUCAAAAUGAGAAUACAAUAGACAACAAUAAUAUACCUGUUAAACAUGCGUCAGGAAAACGUAUCGCUAGUUCGCCAGUAUACACAGAAACUAAAAGGCCAUCUAUUGAACUGCACACUCUGGAUGAUGAUUGGGGUGAUAUUGAUAUGGAUAUUGAUGUUUCCAACCCAUUGAUUAAGGUUCUAAAUUCUGCUUCUAUUGUUAAGAACUCAAAAAUACAAGUGAAACAAAAUGAAUGGAUAUGUUCUGGUAUUGUGAUGGAUGAAUCAAAACAUGAAGAAGUUGAGUUUUCAUCAGAAGUAUUGGAGCGAUUAAUUGGAAUUUCAUCCGAAGAAGUUCUUCAAUUAAAAAACAAUCCUUUAAACUGUGCCCCGCUAAAAGAAAAAAUUGAAAAAGGAAUUAAAGGGGCAUAUAGAAAAUUGCACUUAUUCAAAGGUAAGAUAACUUUGACAUAUUCAUUAGAUGGAAAUAAAAAACCAAUAAUUACCGACAUGGUAAUAGUAUAGCUAUUUAAUAGUACAUUAUACUGUAAAAGUUUAUUCAGUAUAUAUUAAUGAUAGACUUUAUUUACUAUUUACGGCAUGUUUUUUGGAAACAAGUUAUGUGAUAUAUUGUUAUAUAUA